GAAGGACACCUGGGACAGACUCAAACAAGUUGCUGCUUAGCUGUGAAGAAUUUAAUUACCUUCCUCAGCAGAACGGCUUCAGCCCCCAAAACUCUCAGUGGAUCCGAAUGCCCCUCUGGGGCUGAACUCCACGGAGUGUCACUUGAGUGAUGAACUUUGGUCGAGAGGUUGCACGACAGACCAGUUGUUAUACGUAUGUGAUAGAAGAUGAGGAUCCAGCCAUGGCAGAGUUAAAUGUAUUUGAGUUAACUGAGAAGGGUGAUCUUGCUCUCCUGGAGAACCUGGUGAGGAAGUCUCCAGAGGUCCUGAGUGAGCAGGACGAGAAUGGAGCGAGACCCCUCCAUCACGCCGCUGCAGGAGGCUACAUCACCCUCAUCCAGUUCAUCAGCACCAUCGUUGACUCACAGGAGCUGAACAGCACUGAUGACCAGGGCAGCGUGCCACUCCACUGGGCGGUGGAGCAGAAUAAGGCCGACAGCUGCAGGGCCCUUUUGGACCUAGAGGCUGACCCAAAUAUCCUCAACAAUAUGCUCCAGUCGCCAUUGCACCUGGCUGUCAACCUUGGGCACAACAGCUUGGUGGAGCUGUUCCUGUCAUACAGUACAACAGAUUCCAAUCUGCAUGGUGACCUGGGGAACACGCCACUGAUCCUGGCCUGUUCCAUCAACAACUUUGAGGCUCUUAGCAUACUGUUAAAGCACGGAGCAAAGCUUUGCCAGCAGAACAAGCUCGGCCAUUUCCCCAUCCACGCGGCCGCGUUUGCAGGUGCAAAGAAAGCGCUGGAAGUCAUCCUGCAGGAAGGAGAGAAGUGUGGCCACCCACCUCUAAAACACAUCAACUAUAUAGACAAGUCCAGGAGCAGUCCACUACAUCUGGCUGUCCGUGGGGGGAACAUCGAAGCAAUCAGAUUCUGCAUCGCAACCGGAGCCAAAGUUGACCAACAACAGCUUGACAGGUCCACACCACUUCAUUUGGCCUGCACCCAGGGUGCCAUUGAGGUUGUCAAACUGAUGCUCUCCUCCGUUGAUCGAGUUGAAGACAUCAUCAACUUGACUGAUGGGGCGUGUCAGACCCCUCUGCACAGGGCUACUAUAUUUGACCACGUACAAUUGGCAGAGUACCUAAUUUCAAUGGGUGCAGAUGUUAACAGCAUCGACUGUAAGGGCAACUCUCCUCUGAUGAAAGCUACGAGCUGUGGAGCGUGGCGAACUGUAGCAUUGCUACUGUUAAAUGGGGCAAAUGUAAAUGUACAAGACAAAAAUGGCUGUAACUUCCUCCACCUGGCCAUUCUACAGCCUAAAGGUCUAGAAAAUCUUCCUCAGGAUGUACUUCAGCGUGACAGCGUGAAGGCAUUGCUGAACUGUGAGGAUAAUGAGGGCUGCACCCCCCUGCACUACGCAUGCAGACUGGGUGUCCAUCACGCAGUGAAGAACAUGCUGGGCCUCUCAGGUGAGGUUGGCCUCACGUACAAGUCAAAAGACAAGAAGUCAGCACUGCACUUUGCUGCUGAGUACGGGCGUAUCAAUACAUGCCAUCGAUUACUGGAGACCAUCACAGACUCACGGCUUCUGAACGAAGGAGAUGACUGCGGUCUAACACCGUUGCAUUUAGCCUCAAAAGGGGGCCACACCAAGGUGGUACAGCUGCUGUUACGCAAAGGGGCUCUAUUUCACAGUGAUUACAAAGGUUGGACAUGUCUGCACCAUGCUGCUACUGAAGGAUACACAAAAACGAUGGACAUUCUCUUGUCAGCCAACUGCAAGUUACUGGAUAAAACAGAUGAAGAUGGGAACACUGCAAUCCACAUCGCAGCAAAAGGAGGGCAUGUGGCCGCGGUCAAACGCUUACUGUCCAGAGGAGCAGAACUGAUCUUAAACAAGAACGAUGUAUCAUGUCUACAUGAAGCCGUGCAAAAUGGAAGGACUGAUGUUGUCAUCACCAUAAUUGACAGUGAAAGAUGUGCUGAGGCCUUAAGCCUGUUCAAACAUGAUGGUACCAAGCAUUGUCCCAUCAUAGACAUGAUUGAGUGUCUUCCUGAAUCCUGCAAGCACCUCUUAGACACCUGUGUGAAGGAAUCUGAUCACGAUCAAAACAGUCCUGAAUACCAUGUCGAAUACAGCUUCAAAUGGCUACAAGCUUCCAUUGCAGUGCAGAAAGUAUUUUACCAGGAAAACAAGAUUCAGCCACUAACUGCACUGAAUGCAAUGGUGCGGUGCAACCGCAUUGAGCUCCUCAACCACCCUGUCUGUCAGAAGUACCUGGAAAUGAAAUGGAUUGCUUAUGGGAGCAAAGCUCAUAUGCUCAACCUGCUUUUGUACCUGUUAGGACUGCUGCCUCUGACGCACAUCAUCGUGACUCUACGGCCCACUGUGAACACCACUGAAAAUGUUGAAAAUGUCAUCAUGGUUCCCGUAUCGUUCACAGAGCACAGCCACUUGUACAUGUGUAUGAUCCUGGUUGUGGUCAUGAACGUAUAUUCCAUAGUGAAGGAGGUGCUGCAGAUAACACAACAGCGGUGGAAUUACUUCAGGGACUCAUCCAACUUCUGUGACUGGACGUCAGCCAUCUUCUCUCUUCUGUUCAUUAUUCCACUAAUGCUCAAUUCAAAUGGAACAAUUCACUGGCAAGCAGGUGCCUUUGCAGUUUUACAUUCCUGGAUUGGAUUCCUCCUUUAUCUCCAAAGGUUUGACCGUGUUGGCAUCUAUGUUGUGAUGUUCGGGGAGAUUAUAAAGACUCUGCUCCGCAUUGUUAUGCUCUUCUUGUUCUUGAUGUUGGCCUUCAGUCUGGCAUUCUAUGCCCUGAUGCUCAACCAGAGAGAAUUCAGUAAUGUGCCACUCUCUUUGAUGCAAACAUUUGUAAUGAUGGUUGGAGAAUUAAACUACCAGAACAACUUCCUGGAUCCUUUCCUGAGCAACCGGCUGCCGUUCAGUUACCUGACAUACUUCAUUUUUGUGAAUUUUGUUCUGGUGAUGCCCAUACUGCUGAUGAACCUCAUGAUUGGUUUAGCAGUUGGAGACAUUGCAGAAGUGCAGAGAAAUGCUGCAAUGAAAAGAAUAGCAAUGCAGAUUGAUCUUCACACAUCUCUGGAAGACAAGCUGCCAUAUUGGUUCAUGAGACGAGUGGACAAACCCUCCAUCAUCAUUUACCCCAACCGCAAGUGCUCCAAGAACCUGAUAAAACAAAUUUUCUGGGACGAUGUGGAAACACGUCCAGCUGGGCUCCGUGUGAUACAUAACUCGCAGCACUGCAAUGUCAUCGAAAAUGAGCUCAGGAAGCAAAAGCACAGGAUGAAGGAGGUGUCAAGCAUGCUGGAGAAGCAGCACAACCUCCUCAAGCUCAUCAUUCAGAAGAUGGAGAUCACGGCAGAGGCUGAUGACCACGAUGGGCCUGUGACCAUCAAAGGCAAUAUGUGGCCAAAGCUGAGCCAGUACAAACCGAAACGCAGCACUAUGUCUCGCUGGGUGCCUCUAAUGAAGGCCAUUGAAAGCAAGAAAAAAUGAGAUGAAAACAUGUGCACCACAGCAACAAUAUUACUACAAAGUCAUGUGUCACUAUGAUAAGAUUUAUGUAUUCUUAUGAUAGUAACUAUUAUUACCAUUUAUUAUAUCCAGAUUUAACUGUUGACCUUCAUGGGAAAUGUUUAGAAAUCUGCACUAAUUACUGAUAUUAAUAUGAUUAAGUGCAAAUAGCUGAUUUCUGGUUUUACUGUGAUUUAUUUUUAUUAAUUAAAACUUAAAAAUGU